AUUUUAACAGAUCAAUAGUGUACUGUACCUACUUGUAUUGAGGAUAUUGUAAGUUUAGAUCGCCCGUCUCUCUCUCUCUCUCUUCCUCUCUUUAGGUACCUUGCCCCCAAUGGCCCCAAUAAUGCCCCCUACUGUAUGCACGGAGCUCGGAGAAUUCAACCACAUCAACCGGCCCUGCCCAAGCCUAUACACCUACUGCAAUUGGCGCCACCGUUGACGACCCGGCCUCAGAUAGGCCUGAAGCUACGUAACUGACAAGCAACGACGACAUCAUCAACACCUGCAUGUGGCCCCCGCUAUUGGCAAAAGCUGGCAACAACUUCCACUUCCACCUACGCCAUACUCCGUACUCUCUGGCUCCUGCUUCACCGUUGGCCUCGCUAAUUUGUUGACGACUUGCUCGUUUCAUCAUCCCUACCUUGACACUGCAUUUGCAUGCGACAUACACACAUCCCACUAUCUGCUUUGGCCACUGCACACCGAAUUUCACCUUUUUUUUCCAGCUUCAAUUUCCUCUUCCUCCUCUCCUCCUCUCCCAAUUUCACCAUCUGGUUCCAAUCUGUCGCUAACUCAUCUCCGACCUGUUCCAGACUCCUCUCUAAUCCUCCACCCAAUCUACCACAGCUCCUGAACUGAUCCUCACCUGCCUGCGACAUCGACAUCAUGGCCUCCAAAGCUAUCCCCUCCCACCUGCGUCCUCAAGCUGCGAGCAGCAAUGGCUCCAAUGGUGGUGCUCCUGCACAGAGACACCAUGGCAAAUCACAAUCCCAUGUGGCCUUUGAGAACACCUCCACAAACGUGGCCGCCAGCCAGAUGCGAAACGCCCUCAAUAACCUUGCCGACACCGUCAAGGACCCGGCAGAAAAGAAGAGAUUCGAGGCAGAAAUGGACAACUUCUUUGCUCUGUUCAGACGAUACCUGAAUGAUCGAGCCAAGGGAAACACGAUCGACUGGGCCAAGAUCAACCCCCCCAACCCAGACCAAGUGGUGGCUUACGAUGACUUGCCAAAUAGCGACGCCGUGGACUUUCUAAAUAAGCUCGCGGUCGUCAAGCUCAACGGUGGUCUCGGCACAUCCAUGGGCUGUGUUGGUCCCAAGUCAGUCAUCGAAGUCAGAGACGGCAUGUCCUUCCUCGACUUGUCGGUCCGACAGAUUGAGUACCUCAACCGCACCUAUGACGUCAAUGUUCCGUUCGUUCUGAUGAACAGCUUCAACACCGACGAAGACACGGCGUCCAUCAUCAAGAAAUACGAAGGACACAACAUUGACAUACUGACCUUCAACCAAUCCCGAUAUCCUCGUGUGCUCAAGGACUCUCUCCUCCCGGCACCAAAGAACUACCACUCUCAACUGUCCGACUGGUACCCCCCCGGCCAUGGUGACGUCUUCGAGUCGCUCUACAACAGCGGUAUUCUUGACCAACUCCUCGAGCGAGGCAUUGAAAUCAUCUUCUUGUCCAACGCUGACAACCUGGGUGCGGUUGUGGAUCUCCGUAUCCUGCAGCACAUGGUUGAGACCAAGGCCGAGUACAUCAUGGAACUGACCGAUAAGACCAAGGCUGAUGUCAAGGGUGGUACCAUCAUUGAUUACGAGGGCAAGGCCAGACUCCUUGAAAUCGCCCAGGUUCCCAAGCAAUACGUCAACGAAUUCAAGUCGAUCAAGAAGUUCAAGUACUUCAACACCAACAACAUCUGGAUGAACCUCCGAGCCAUCAAGCGCGUGGUGGAAAACAACGAGCUUGAAAUGGAGAUUAUUCCCAACGAGAAGUCUAUCCCAGCUGACAAGAAGGGCGAGGCCGAUGUCAGCAUCAUUCAACUCGAGACCGCAGUGGGUGCCGCCAUCAAGCACUUCAAGAAUGCUCACGGUGUCAACGUUCCUCGACGUCGCUUCUUGCCUGUCAAGACUUGCUCUGAUCUCAUGCUCGUCAAGUCUAACCUUUACACUUUGAGUCACGGUCAAUUGGUCAUGGAUCCUAAUCGAUUCGGUCCUGCACCUUUGAUCAAGCUUGGAGGUGACUUCAAGAAGGUUGCGCAAUUCCAGAAGAGAAUUGGCAGCAUUCCCAACAUUGUCGAAUUGGAUCAUUUGACUGUUACUGGUGAUGUCAAUUUUGGUCGUGGUAUUGUGCUCAAGGGCACCGUCAUCAUUGUUGCAACAGAAAACAGCACGAUUGACAUCCCCCCCGGAUCUAUUUUGGAGAACGUUGUGGUUCAAGGUAGUUUGAGACUACUGGAGCAUUAAGUACGGCUUUGGGGCUGUGUGCAUUUCAAGAUUAGUUUGACCUGGGGAACAACAACAAAGUCAUGGCUGCUAUGAGUCGAAACUUGAGAAUCAGGCUCACAGAUGACACGCCUCCUACCAUGACAAGGGUAAUAUGAGAUGUGGACGAACAAAAAGAAAAAAUAAAAGUAGAUUGUGGUUCCUUGGACGAGGGGCAAAGGAGCAGCAGAUUGAUUGUGAUUGGGAUUGAUGAGAAUAGGUUUAUUCGACAGCGUUUACUUGACUCCUUUUUGAAGGGUGUUGAAAUCAAGAUGACAAUAAUUUAGUCCAUCAA